GCGAGGGAUCCCGCGCAAAUUGAAAGGUCCUGCUGUGAGGCGCUGGGCGGCUACCGGGUUCCCGGUGUCGUUUGCCGCGGCCCCAGGGAGCGAGGGGAGUCGGAGACGGGCUUGGCAGUCCCGGUGCCGCCGCCCUCUGCGCGGGGCCUGACGCGUGGGUCUCGCGGCACGUCCUCCAUCCCCGUGUCCCUUUCCCGGGACAAAGGAUUUCCCAGGCCCCCGGGAGCGUGAGGUCGGGAUCGGGACGCAGGAAGAAGGAGCUCAAGUGGGCGCCGCGGGAUGGUGUGCGCCUGGCCGCGCGAAAGAGGCGAUGCUGGCUGCAGGGUAGCUCCAGGGCCUAGAAGACGCGCACGUGUCACCCUGCGAGUCGUCUGUGCUCUUUCCUCGAAGUGAGCCGAACCUGCCUUUAGAGACCUAUCCAUCGGAGAGUUGAUUCAGCACCAUGGGGAUUCAAGGAUUGCUACAGUUCAUCAAAGAAGCUUCUGAACCCAUCCACGUGAGGAAAUAUAAAGGGCAGGCUGUAGCUGUGGAUACGUACUGCUGGCUUCACAAAGGGGCCAUUGCUUGUGCUGAUAAACUAGCCAAGGGGGAACCCACUGAUAGGUAUGUGGGAUUUUGUAUGAAAUUUGUAAAUAUGUUAUUAUCUCAUGGAAUCAAACCUGUUCUUGUUUUUGAUGGGUGCACUUUACCUUCUAAAAAGGAAGUAGAAAAAUCUAGAAGAGAACGACGACAAGCCAGUCUCCUUAAGGGAAAGCAGCUCCUUCGUGAGGGCAAAGUUUCAGAAGCCCGAGAAUGUUUUGCCCGUUCCAUCAAUAUCACACAUGCUAUGGCCCACAAAGUGAUUAAAGCUGCUCGGUCGCAGGGAGUGGACUGCCUCGUGGCUCCUUAUGAGGCUGAUGCGCAGUUGGCCUAUCUUAACAAAGCUGGAAUUGUACAAGCUAUCAUCACAGAGGAUUCUGAUCUCCUGGCUUUUGGCUGUAAAAAGGUGAUUUUAAAAAUGGACCAGUUUGGAAAUGGACUAGAGAUUGAUCAGGCUCGCCUGGGGAUGUGUAGACAGCUUGGGGAUGUAUUCACAGAAGAGAAGUUCCGUUACAUGUGUAUUCUUUCUGGCUGUGACUAUCUCUCCUCACUACGUGGGAUUGGAUUAGCAAAGGCAUGCAAAGUAUUAAGACUAGCCAAUAAUCCUGACAUUGUAAAGGUUAUCAAGAAAAUUGGACAUUAUCUCAAGAUGAAUAUAACAGUACCAGAGGGUUACGUUGAAGGAUUUAUCAGGGCCAACAAUACCUUCCUUUAUCAGCUAGUUUUUGAUCCCAUCAAAAGGAAACUCAUCCCUCUGAAUGCCUAUGAAGAUGACGUUGAUCCUAAGACACUAAGCUAUGCUGGACAAUAUGUUGAUGAUGCUAUAGCUCUUCAGAUAGCACUUGGAAAUAAGGAUAUAAAUACUUUGGAGCAGAUUGAUGACUACAAUCCAGAUACUGCCAUGCCUGCUCAAGCAAGAAGUCAUAGUUGGGAUGGCAAAACAUGUCAGAAGACAUCUAAUGUUAAUAGCAUUUGGCAUAGGAAUUACUGCCCUAGAAUUGAGUCAGAAGUUAUUUCAGAUGUUACACGACUGAAGGAAAAACCAAGUACUGUGGGCAUUGAGCAGGUGGUUAGUACCAAAGGACUGAAUCUUCCAAGGAAGCUAUCCAUUGUGAAAAGACAAAGAAGUGAGCUGUCAGAAGAUGAUCUAUUGAGUCAAUAUUCUUUUUCAUUUACAAAGAAGACUAAGAAAAAUAGCUGUGAAGGCAGUGAAUCAACAAACUCUUCUGAAAUGCCAGUGGCUGGCCUGGCAGAUGGAAGUACUAGCCAAAAAAGCUUAAGUACCCCACCUAGUAAAAGAAAUAAGUUUGCAACAUUUUUGCAGAGAAAAAAUGAAGAAAGUGGUGCAGUUGUGGUUCCAGGGACCAGAAGCAGGUUUUUUUGUAGUUCUCUGGAUCCUGCUAAUUGUGUGUCAAAGAAAGAAAGCAACCAGAAUCUCUGUGAGAGUGCUGUCAGCGAAAAGGGCAGCACUCCCCAGGAGUCUGCGUGUCUGAACCCGGAAGGCCAAGAGGCGGACGUGGGGAGCUCAGGUGGUGGGACUCUGUCUGCUGAGGAAGAGCCUCCUCAGCCUCCUGAGACCAACACAUGCACAAAGACCAUUUCACCACCUACUCUGGGGACACUCAGAAGUUGUUUUAGUUGGGCUGGAAGCCUUGGAGAGUUCUCAAGCAGCCCAAACCCGACUCCAGGCACAUUGCUGCAGCGGUUCCGAAGAAGGAGCGGUUCUCCCACUCCUCAGCCUGAGAGCAGUAAGUCAUGUGAUGCAGUUCAGCUGAAGGUUGACGAGUCACGUGAUGGAUUCCAUCGUUUCCCUCAGGAAGAUUGCUCUGCUCGGACUCAGGAAAGCAUGCAGUUGUCGCCACACAGUUUAAAUACGUCAAAGCUUUCACAACCUUCCAGUAAAGAUUCCGAUUCAGAGGAGUCUGAUUGCAAUAUUAAAUCACUUGAUAAUCAAGAUAAUCGGAACUCCCAGCUACAUUUAACUCAUUUUUCAAAAAAAACCACACUACUAAAGAAUAAGGCUCCUGGGCUGUAUAAAUCCAGCUCUGUGGAUUCCCUCUCUGCCACCAAGAUCAAAGCUCUGGUGCCUGCCAGGGCCAGCGGGCUGAGCAAGAAGCCAGCCAGCACCCAGAAGAGAAAGCAUUCUAAUGCGGAGAACUCUCCAGGACUGCAGAUCAAAAUCAAUGAGCUCUGGAAAAAUUUUGGAUUUAAAAAAGAUUCUGAAAAGCUUCCUUCUUGUAAGAAGCCCUUGUCUCCAGUCAAAGAUAACAUUCAGCUGACUCCAGAAACAGAAGAGGAUAUAUUUAACAAACCUGAGUGUGCUCAUGUUCAGAGAGCAAUAUUCUAAUAAAUGUGGACUGCCAGGAGACUGUUGCUUGCAAGAGAA